AUGCCUCAGCAGACUCAGGAUUGGUCUACGGGUAGCUUGUUGCAGAAGCUCGUUAUAAUAGGAGAUGGAGCUUGUGGUAAAACCUCGCUAUUGAGCGUAUUUACUCUUGGUUACUUCCCAACUCAUUAUGUACCCACCGUCUUCGAGAACUAUGUUACCGAUUGCAGGGUUGAUGGGAAAAGUGUGCAGCUUGCACUAUGGGAUACAGCUGGACAGGAAGACUACGAACGAUUGCGACCUCUGGCAUAUUCCAAAGCACACGUUAUUCUGAUAGGAUUCUCGAUUGACACGCCAGACUCGUUGGAUAACUGGGUCGAGGAAGCAAAUGAAAGAUGCCCUGGUGUUCCCAUCAUCCUUGUCGGUUUGAAGAAAGACUUGAGAGAAGAUCCAGUUGCCAUUGAGGAAAUCCGGAAAAGAUCUCAACACUUUGUUGGCACAAGAGAAGCCUCCGAGAUAGCACACGAGAUUGGUGCCCGAAAAUACCUUGAAUGCUCCUCACUAACUGGAGAGGGAGUCGACGAUGUGUUCGAAGCCGCAACAAGAGCCGCCCUACUUACGUUCGAAAAAGGAGAAGGCGGGGGCUGUUGUGUUAUACUGUAA